AUGAAUUUACAAAACUUUACAAAAUUUAUCAAACUGAAGUUUGUUGAUUUCGUUACCAAGCAACCGUCAAGAUUAACCGCCGCUCCUGCCACAUGCAACUCGAGUAUGCCGAAACCACAAUAUGAACAACAAUUUAGAGCUGUGUGGCUAAAGGACCCUGCCCCAAAGCAUUGGCUUUCCAGUGUGGAAAGCACAUCGGGCACCAUGGGAAAAUGCAAAGUUUGCAAUACAAUUUUGGUUAACAGAUAUGCUGAUUUGAAAAGGCAUAUGGACUCAAAAAAACAUAAAUACAAUGAAAAGAUUAUAUUUGGUCCAUCCCAGCCAAAACUUCCACUUAAAAAAAAUUCCGAAAUUCAAGAAGCCAAAGUAGCAGAAGCAAAGUUAGCAUUGUACAUUUGUGCUCAUACAUCAAUUUUGCAAAUUGAUUAUUUGAAUGAUUUAUGUAAAGAUGUUUUCAAAGGAUGUCCAGCUGGAAAUAACCUGCAGAUUCACAGAACAAAAUGUUCAAACAUCAUAAAACAUGUUUUGUCCCCACACUUCCAAAAUGAAUUAAUGGAAGACAUUGGUGAUUCCCCAUAUAGUCUUUUGAUUGACGAGUCAACAGACAUAUCAGUACAGAAAUUUUUGGGAAUUAUAAUCAUAUAUUACAGUAAAAAACAGAAUAACAUAAUUACAUCAUACCUUGACAUGCCUAAGUUAACCGAUUUUAAUGCUGAUGCAAUUGUAAAUGCAAUCAAGCAAGUAUUGCAUAAAUAUCAACUUAAACUAAAACAUUUAUACGGGAUUGGAAGUGACAAUGCUUCGGUCAUGACUGGAGUCAACAAUGGUGUACAUGCAAAAAUACAACGAGAUGUUCCUCAUCUGGUUUUAGUUAGAUAUGUGUGUCAUAGUCUUCAAUCAUCUUCGAGACAAGGGACAUACAAACUUUUGUACGAAACAAUAAAUGAAGGUCAUGAGCCUCUAAAAAUCGUUCAAUCAUGUCAAACAAGAUGGCUAUCCAUUGAAACAGCAGUCAUCAGAAUUUUGGAUCAAUGGCUUGAGUUGAAAACUCACUUUGGCUUGGCUCGCACUCAAGAAAGGUGCUAUACAGCGGAAACUCUAUAUAAUAUGUACUGUAAUGACAUAAACUAUGCUUUGCUAUCGUUCCUAAGAAAUAUAUUAACUGAUGUCCAAAGGGUAAAUAAGUUAUUUCAAACCUACAAACCUACAAAACUUUUUGAUGAUAUGAUCAAACUAAUAGAAUUUUUGGUCAAUAAAGUUACUUUGCCUAACUACAGUAACAUUGAUAUUUUUAAACAAAAAGUAGAGGACUAUAUAGACAGAAGCUGCUAUUUGGGAUUAAAUUUGAAUAUACAGAAGUUGAAAGACAAUAACAAUUUGAGUUUGAAUGAUGAGAAUAUGUUACGUGAGAGAGCUAUUAAAUUUGUGGUUGCCUUAAUCAAUCAAAUUAAAAUGAGACUGCCUAAAAAUCUUGAAAUAUUGAGAAAAGUCUUAAAUGUCAGCGUAGGAAACGCUCUUCGUCAUGAUAAACCAUCUUUAUUAACACUUCUACAAUUUUUCAAAAAAACUGAUCAAGAAAUUGAGCUUAUUGAAAACAGGUGGGCAAGCAUUCACCUACUUAAAUGGAAGGAAAUCAGAGACACUAAACAAUUUUGGUGUGAAGUGAUGAACUUCAAAGAUGCCUCUGGAGAAAAUACUUUUUAUCAACUGGCAAUGUUUGCAAUAUCUCUAUUAGUACUGCCUCACUCAAAUGCAGAAGUUGAGAGACUUUUCAGCCAAUUAAACAUAGUAAAAUGCAAAUUGAGAAAUCGACUAAAGGUUGAUACUGUGACUGCCAUAUUGACCGUUAAGGCUGGACUGAGGUUUAACAAAUGUUGCUUUAAUUUUGAAUUGCCCAAUUCGGUCAUUAAUAAAAUAAAAACCAUUGAAACCUACAAAGUUACUGAUGGCGAUGAUGAAGAAAUUGAUAUCUACAUCUAAAUCAUUUUUAAAUGAUUUAGAUGUAGAUAUCAAACUCUAAUUAGAUAAUAAAUAAUUAUUAUAACUGUUAUUUAAAACCAAU